CUUCUUGUAUUUAUAAUGUUUCUCUGUGUUCUGUUUCAGAGUGGAACCAGCUUCCAUGUUUUUGAUCAGGGUCGGUUCUCGAAAGAAGUUCUUCCCAAGUUCUUCAAACACAACAACAUGGCUAGCUUCAUCAGACAGCUGAACAUGUAUGGCUUCCGUAAAGUGGUGCACAUCGAGCACAGUGGUUUGGUAAAACCAGAGAGAGAUGACACAGAGUUCCAACAUCCGUUCUUCAUCAGAGGACAAGAACACCUGCUGGAGAACAUCAAACGCAAAGUCACCAACGUGUCCUCGGGGCGUCAGGAGGAAGUGAAGGUCGCUACAGAUGAAGUGAAUAAAAUCCUGAGCGACGUCCAGCUGAUGAAGGGAAAACAGGAAACCAUCGACUCCAGGAUCAUUGCCAUGAAACAUGAAAAUGAGGCUCUGUGGAGGGAGGUGGCCAGUCUGAGACAGAAACACACUCAGCAACAGAAAGUCGUCAACAAGUUGAUCCAGUUUCUGGUGUCACUCAUCCAAACCAACAGGAUCUUGGGAGUCAAGAGGAAGAUUCCUCUGAUGCUGAAUGACUCCAGCUCCGCCCACUCCAUGCCUAAGUAUAGUCGGCAGUUCUCAUUGGAGCACAUGCAGGCUACAGCCAAUCUGUUCUCAGCUGACUCCCCAAUAUCCUCUGGGCCAAUCAUCUCUGACAUCACAGAGGUGGCCACACCCAUCAUUGAGGAUGCAGUCCCUGACUGGUCGGACGCAGGAGAGAGCCAAUUCAUUAACAUAAAGGAGGAGCCAGCAAGUCCUGAGGUGGAGGUGUGUCCUGUUCUGGAAGGCGGGGCUACACAUGGAGACACGCCCCUCUCCCCCACCACUUUCAUCAACUCCAUCCUACAAGACAACGAGACGCAGCCGACUCCCAACACCUCCACCGCCAACCCUUCACCAGGCAUCGUUCUGAUGAGCCCGGCCUCCUCUGGGACCCUCCCACCUUCACCAACCGGCCAAUUACCCGCCUCUAUUCCCACCCCAAACUCCAGUCCAGCCGCAGCUCAGCAUCAAUGUCAGACCCUCGCCUGUAUCGACAGACCCCACCCCCCUCCCUCUGCAGGUGGAUUGUCACCUGACGUUUGGCGCUUCGUAUCAACACAAACUGACAAGUCUGAACUGUUGGACCAUGUGGACACUAUGGACAGCAGUCUAGAAAACCUGCAGAACAUCCUCAAUACACAAACCUUCACCUUCGACACCUCCCCCAUCAUUGAGUUUUUCGGUUCACCCUCUGGAGAUUUUGACCUUGACUGUUUGGACAAUCUGCUGGCUGAAGAGGCUCCGAGAGGAAGUGAUGGAAGCAGCCACACAGGGAAACAGCUGGUGCAGUACUCUGCCACACCUGUGUUGAUGUCUGAACCAAUCAGCCUCGGGGAGGGCGGGGCUGACCUGCCGUCUCUGCUGGAGCUAGAGGCGGAGCCUUUCCUUACGCCCGACCCAUCCACUGAUGACCCGGCAGCCGACCUGUUGAGCCACACCCACUUGGACUCUGACCUUUGACAACAUAAAAAUGCGAUGACUCAUCAGUAACCAUGGCAGCAGGACAAUCUGAGCACUGACUCAGCAGCAAUAGACAAUGAUGUAAUCAUCAAUCAGCUGCAGUUCAUCCGGUCAAAGCUCAUGUUUUUAGUUUGCAGAUGUUAUUGAUCGAUAUUAACCAUUUAUAGACCUGCGUCCUUCUUCUAUGCUUUUAUUUUAGCUUUGUUUUUAUUUGAGCUUUUUUCAAUUAUUUGACAGUCACAAAAAAAACUCAGAGAACCAGGGUCACGUCUGUACCUGCCCGUCCAAUGAGAAGCAGCUCUGAGCUCAGUUGAUGAUGUCACGUGGACAGGUGAGGUAGGAUCAUGUGAUCAGGUUGUUCCGUGUUCUGCAUGUUUAAGUCAGAUUUGAUUUGUCUCUGUUUUCAUGUAUAAGAUAUAGAUUCAAUGAGAAGAAUCUGUAUAUUUUUGGAAAAGUUUAUUAUGAAUGAGAACACCCCCAUCACCUCUGUUACCAUGGAGACGACAUGAAGGCAGAUUGAUGGAUCUGAUCGAUUAGAUCAGGUAUCAGCCAUGUUGUUGAUGAUUGAUUAAAUAGUUGAUCAGUG